AUGUCCAACAGCAGCUCCUUCAAUGAGUUCCUCCUCCGGGCAUUUGCGGACUCACGGGAGCUGCAGCUCUUGCACUUCUCGCUCUUCCUGGGUGUCUACCUGGCUGCCCUCCUAGGCAACGGCCUCAUCAUCACAGCCAUAGCCAGUGACCACCAUCUCCACACCCCCAUGUACUUCUUCCUCCUCAGUCUCUCUGUUCUGGACCUAGGCACCACCUCCACCACUGUCCCCAAAUCCAUGGCCAAUUCUCUGAGGGACACCAGGGCCAUUUCCUACUUGGGAUGUGCUGCCCAGGUCUUCCUGGUUGUCUUCUUGUUCACAGUAGAGUAUAUUCUUCUUACUGUCAUGGCCUAUGACCGCUUUAUUGCCAUCUGCAAACCUCUGCAUUACAGGACCAUCAUGGGGCAAAUGUCCAACAGCAGUUCCCUGAAUGAGUUCCUCCUCCUGGCAUUUGCCAACACAUGGAAUGUGCGGCUCCUGCACUUCUCCCUCUUCCUGGGCAUCUACCUGGCUGCCCUCCUGGGCAACGGCCUCAUCAUCACAGCCCUGCACUACGGGACCCUCAUGGGCAGCAGAGCUUGUGUCAGAAUGGCAGCAGCUGCCUGGGCCAGUGGUUUUCUCAAUGCUGUGCUGCACACUGCUAACACAUUUUCAAUACCACUCUGCCAAGGCAACACAGUGGAGCAGUUCUUCUGUGAAAUCCCCCAGAUCCUCAAGCUCUCCUGCGCGGAAUCCUACCUCAGGGAAAUUGGCCUUCUUGUGGUUAGUGCAUGUUUAUUCUUUGGGUGUUUCAUUUUCAUUGUGGUGUCCUACGUGCAGAUCUUCACUGCUGUGCUGAGGAUCCCCUCUGAGCAGGGCCGCCACAAAGCCUUUUCCAUGUGCCUCCCUCACCUGGCUGUGGUCUCCCUGUAUGUCAGCACUGACAUGUUUGCCUACCUGAAGCCCCCCUCCCUCUCCUCCCCAGCUCUGGAUCUGGGGCUGGCUGUUCUGUAUGUGGUGGUGCCUCCAGGCCGGCACAAAGCCUUUUCCAUGUGCCUCCCGCACCUGGCCGUGGUCUCCCUGUGUGUCAGCACUGCCCUGUUUGCGUACCUGAAGCCCCCCUCCAUCUCCUCCCCAGCUGUGGAUCUGGUGGUGGCAGUUCUGUACUCGGUGGUGCCUCCAACAGUGAACCCCCUCAUCUACAGCAUGAGGAACAAGGAGCUCAAGGAUGCACUGAAGAGAUUGAUCCAAUGGGUCGAAGAUCAGCAGCAAUAA